CUCAACAAAUCCACGGAAGAAGAAAGCGGAGCAACGAAGAAGAACGGGGAAGAUGGCGGCCUGGUGAAGCUGUCCGACAAGUUGCAGGUCGAAACAUUCCAUUCGACACUCGACGUCUACAAUACGAUACCGUUAAAAGGAUUAAAUGUUGCUCGCGUAUUGUUACGUCACUAAAGUGGACGGUCGGACGAGACGUCGCGCUUGCUUGUUGGCCAACAGGGGGCACUGUUGUUUUUGCCGUUUCUGUUCUCCAAACGACUCAAUCGCACUUAAAGUCGUCAGAAGAAAGAGAAUCAUGUGCAACCUUGUGAGUUUAGUUCGGAAGAAAAGCCAGAACUUUUUUCCCACAGGACUAAUAGAAGUACAACCUUUUUUUCUUUAUCGGUAAUGCGAAAAUAAGGGCUUACAUUUUGUCAGAAGGUAUGUAUAAAUACGAUUGUUGCUAAGGGAACAGACCAAUCUUCGAUAAAAACGGCCUGGCUCGGCUCGGCUCGGUGCGCAGUUUGCAGCGCCGAAGCACACCGUGUACGUGGAGAUAAAGCCCAGCUUUUUUGGGUCGCCUUCCAGUGGGCUCCUUUCUGGAGCGGGAAUUCAAAGCUGUUGUCCGCCGAUGCGGAUUCCGGGGUCCCUUCCGCCGGUGGAGGUGGUCCGCCUGGGCCUGCUGUCUUACCGGCAAGCUCUGCGUGUCCAGCGGGCGUACGUGAAUCGCUGCCAGGCGGGCGCGGCCCACGCGCUGCUGCUGUGCCAGCACCCGCCCGUCUACACCACGGGCAUCCGGCAGAAGGAGCGGCCCCCCGCCGAGCUGGAGCGCCUGCGUCUGCUGGGGGCCCAGGUCCACCGCGCCGACCGAGGAGGCCUCAUCACCUUCCACGGGCCCGGGCAGCUGGUGUGCUACCCGGUCCUGCACCUCGCCUCCUUCAAGAAGAGCGUCCGCUGGUACGUGUCGCAGCUGGAGCGGACGGUCGUGGCGGCGUGCCGAAGCUUCCGCGUGGAGGCGUCCACGUCGCCCCACACCGGCGUUUGGGUCGGAGACAACAAGAUUUGCGCCAUCGGCGUCCGCUGCUCGCGCUACGUGACGUCGCACGGUUUGGCCCUCAACUGCAACACGGAUCUGGCCUGGUUCCGCCACAUCGUCCCGUGCGGCGUGGAGGGCAAGGGCGUGACGUCGCUGAGCGUCGAGCUACGCCGGGACGUCGGCGUGGACGAGGCCGUCCCGCACGUGCUGCGCGCCUUCGCCGACGUCUUCCGCUGUCGGCUGGCGGACGCGGGCGCCGUCCGCUCGUGAAAGACCUUUCGCGUCGAAUUGAGCUAUCGUAUUGUUUCAUUAAAACUUUGAAAAACGCU